UAGUUCACACGUGUUGUCCAAAAUACAAAUGUAAAACUUUUUCUGACACGAAGUUACAUCGUGCAGGUACCAUGGUGUCGUUGCAGAUACUUGGACAUUUAUUCGCGCUGAUUAUUGUUGCAAACAAUAUAAGACAAGGAAAUGGAUAUUCAGAGGAUAUGAACGCGCAAGAAGUAAAUAAGGAGGAAGAUAUGUUAAAAGAUGCGCCAGAUUCAGCGAUCGGAGGUUCCUAUAAUGUUAAAAGUAGUAAAGGAGGAAGACGCGUAUUUGCAGGAGGUUGUACCCGUAGACCGAGCGCGCCUGUGAAUGGCAAAAUAAAAUGUUCUCUGGACAGUGGUUGUACCGCAAGUUGUGCGUCUGACUAUAAAUUUCCGAACGGCGCAUUUCAACUAACGAUUACCUGCGUCGAUAAGGAAUGGCAUGUUGGAGGAACCGAGUGGAACUCGAUACCACAUUGUGAACCGAUCUGCAUGCCGGAAUGUCAAAAUAAUGGAAUAUGCGUUGCGCCUCAUCAUUGCGACUGUCCUAAACACUUUACUGGUCCGCAGUGCCAAUUUGAAGAUAGACCGUGUCUAAAUUAUUCUCCACCCGUUCUCAAUUCUUAUAAAAGAUGUAAUGCGAAAACUUGCACUAUAUCUUGUAUGGAGCGUUUUACUUUUCCCGACGGUUCAUCCGUCGCCAAUCUAAUCUGUAAGAACGGGAGUUGGAUGCCAACUAGAAGCGAUUGGAUUUCAAUUCCGGAUUGCGAACCUGUGUGCGAUCCACCUUGUCAAAAUGGUGGCAAUUGUCUGCCGAUGAAUGUAUGCCAAUGUCCACAGGAUUAUCGAGGUCCUCAGUGUCAAUACUCUGCCGAUAUUUGCGAUGCCGAGAAACUACACUUCAAUGGUGGAUAUCACUGCAGAGAUUCUGGCGAUAUGUAUUCUUGCACGCUGUACUGUCCAUCAGGAAUACAAUUUGAAUUUCCGGCUUCUUCGAUUUACACUUGCACUUACGAUAAAGGAAUCUUCGAACCACAGCCUAUACCGCAAUGCAAGGUUGACAAUAACAUUAAGAUCAUCUCACAUGGCACAUUCCACAACACCUACGUACGAGAAUCGAAUCACUCCUGGUCGAUGGAAAAUGUUUAUAACACUAAAACGAAACACUCUGAAGAGAUUUAUGAAAAGUAUAGGGUUUACGACACCAAUGCAUCUUCACAUCCAAUUCAAUUUAAUGAUGAUCGCAUAACGGUUUUUGAAAUAAAUCGACCGAAACCAAAAACAUGUUUCACCUGGGGAGGCGCACAUUACAAAACCUUCGAUGACAGAAUCUACAGCUUUGACAGCGAUUGCUCGCACACGCUUCUUCGAGAUACUCAAGACGGCGUUUGUACAAUCGUGGCAUCGAAUGGUCCGGGUUGCAGAACCGGAUCGGAUCGUCAUUGCUCUAAGAUCGUGAAAUUAUUCGUGCACGACAAGAAGUACGUACUUACUAGCGACGACACAGGUAUGCCGAUAUUUUCCAACAACAAACGAUCGUUGCCGAUACCGAUAUACUUGCCUGGAUUGCGCGUGGACAAGUCCGCGCAUUUCAUCCUCGUCUCUCUCGACUCGCUGGGCGUGAAACUGAAGUGGGACGGCGCCUUGCUAUUGCAGAUUGAAGCUUCUGAGAGUAUGUGGAACAAAACGGCUGGUCUGUGCGGUACUAUGAACGAUGAUCCGAACGAUGAAUUCUUAAUGAAGAGUGGAAGUUACGCUCAAACUAUACCGGCGUUGGCAAGUUCUUGGCGCGUCGGAAGUUUCGAAGAAACAUGUGAUGAUUAUCCAAAUAUUCAACACGCGUGUAAAUCGAAAGACGAGUUUGCUCAUGAUGCGCUCCAAUUGUGCGUCCAGUUGCUCUCCAAUAAUAAAUUUAAGGCUUGCGCUGACACGAUUAAUCUUCCUGAACUGACUGAUGCAUGUUUGUGGGAUUAUUGCGCGUGCAAAUAUGAAGACAGAAAAAAAUGCGCUUGCGACACGAUGGACGUUUAUAUCCGCCAGUGCGCUCACAAAGGAAUUGCGCGAUCAGCAGCGUGGAGAAACGAUGAUACUUGUCCCAUUAACUGCGACGGUGGACGAGUGUAUAUGUCAUGUGGUCCAAAGGUGGAAGCGUCUUGUACUUCCAGUAUCGAAGCAACAAGCGGAAGUUCUGAGUGCGAGGAGGGCUGUUUCUGUCCGGCAGGUACCUUGGAGCAUCAAGGGAAAUGUGUCGCACCAGAGGAGUGCCCGUGCAGGUUGAGGGGCAAAUUGUUUCAGCCAGGCACAAGCGUGCCAAAGGGCUGCAACACUUGCACAUGCACUUCCGGUAAGUGGGUGUGCACGCAAAUACGAUGUGGUGCUAGAUGCGCCGUUUUGGGCGACCCGCAUUAUACUACAUUUGAUGGCAAACACUAUGAUUUUAUGGGAAAGUGUAAAUACUAUUUAAUGAAAGGAGAAAAUUACACGAUCGAAAGUGAAAAUGUUCAGUGUUCCGGAGCGAUAUCUCAGAAUAUGGGAUUUGCUUCUGCAGGCUCCCCAUCAUGCGUCAAGGCUGUUACAAUUACUUUCAAGAAUACCUCUAUAAAAUUAAAGCAGAAUCGUCAGAUUGCGAUAAAUGCUGAUGAGAUAACGAAGUUCCCAACGCUUUUUGAUGGUGCCCGAGUACGAAUUGCGAGCAGCAUAUUCAUGGUGAUUCAUUUGCCAAACGCUUUGGAAGUGUGGUGGGCUGAAUUUUACGGUCAAACGAAAGGACUUUGCGGAACGUUUACCGAAAAUCAAAAAGAUGAUUUUAUAACUCCUGACGGUGAUAUUGAACCCGCGGCGAUCGCCUUCGCCAAUAAAUGGAAGACAAGUGAAUAUUGUAUUGAUGAGCCUGAGAAUGAACCAAAACAUCCCUGCGAGUUAAAUCCUGAAAGGCGAGCGACUGCGGAAGAACACUGCUCCAAAAUAUAUAGUGAUAUUUUCUCAGAUUGCCAUUGGCAUAUCGAUCCAACGGAAUUUUACCGAGACUGUAUGUACGAUAUGUGCGCGUGCGAUGGUGAUAUAAAAUCGUGUCUUUGUCCUAUGUUAGCAGCGUAUGCAAAAGAUUGCGCGGUUCUAGGCGUGAAGCUUUCAUGGCGCACCGAGAUUAACGAGUGUAAAAUUCAUUGCAGCGGCGGACAGACUUAUCAAGUCUGUGGAAAUAGUUGCACAAGGUAACACCUUAUAAUGCAUUCAUUGCAUUUAUUUGUCGAGAUGUUUUGUAUUACGUUCAAUAAAUUGGUUGAAGGUUGCAACUGUCCAGAAGACCAAACAUUAGACGUGAAUGGCGAGUGUGUCCCAAUCGCUCAAUGUCCCUGCGUGCAUGCAGGUCGCGAAUACAAGCCUAAUUAUCGAGAAGUCCGUCCAGGCAACAAGGGACAAGAGCUUUGCUCUUGCAUAGGCGGUGUAUGGGAAUGCCGGUUAGCAACGCCAGACGAAAUUCGGGAGUAUCCACCGGUCACAGAAUUACUCUCCGUUUGCCAAGCUAGCAAACAUCUGGAGGUGACAGAUUGCGAGCCGGUGGAGCAGAGAACUUGCAGCAACAUGCACAUACAGAGCGAACAGACACCGUCGGUGUGCACAUCUGGUUGUGUCUGCAAAUCCGGAUAUGUUUUAGAUACAUCAAAUGGUGUCUGCAUCAAAGAAGAGGACUGUCCCUGUCAUCAUGGCGGAAAGAGCUACAAACAAGGCUCAGUUAUACAAGCCGAGUGUAAUACUUGCACGUGCGAGGGCACCAAAUGGAAAUGCACGGAUAGAAUUUGCGCAGGAAUCUGUUCUGUAUGGGGUGAUUCGCAUUAUAAAACAUUUGAUGGUAAAACAUAUGAUUUCCAAGGUGUAUGUGAUUAUGUCUUGGUGAAGAGUACUUUGAAUAAGGAAGAUUGUUUUGAUGUUUCCAUUCAGAACGUACCCUGCGGUACAAACGGAGUUGCAUGCUCGAAAUCGAUCAAGCUUACGAUUGGCAGUGGUGAACAACAGGAAGAGUUAAUUUUGACAAAAGGAAAGGAAUUACCUAAGGGAUCUUUUAAGAGAUUAUCGAUAAGGUCCGUUGGUCUCUUCGUAUUUGUUGAUGUGCCAGAUUUAGGAUUGGUGUUGCAAUGGGAUAAAGGUACCAGAGUUUACAUAAGAUUAAAUCCGGAAUGGAAGGGUCGCACGAUGGGUCUAUGUGGCGAUUACAACAAUAACGCCGAGGAUGAUUUUAAAACACCAUCUGGUGGGAUAUCUGAAGCUUCCGUCAAUUUGUUUGGGGACUCGUGGAAAAAGGAUACGUUCUGUCCUGAACCGAAAGAUGUGCAAGAUGUCUGCGAACAACAUCCUGAACGUAAGCUAUGGUCGCUACGACAGUGCAACGUGCUGAAGUCACCAUUGUUCUCACCGUGUCAUUCAGAAGUGGAGGUCGAGCCAUAUCUGCGCAACUGCAUUUUCGAUACAUGUAGCUGCGACGCCGGCGGCGACUGUGAGUGCCUGUGCACGGCGUUAGCUGCGUACGCGCACGAAUGCAAUAUACGAGGUGUCCCGGUGAAAUGGCGAACGCAAGAACUCUGCCCGUUGCAGUGCGACGAAAAAUGUAGCACAUAUUCACCUUGUGUUUCGACCUGUCCGCGUGAAACGUGCGAUAAUUCUAUGAUCGUGAGAGAUGGCUCGCAUCUAUGUGCGGAAGAUACAUGCGUGGAGGGCUGCCAGUUUCAGUCUUGUCCCGAAGGCCAAGUGUAUCGAAACGCCAGUUACACGGAAUGUAUACCCAAAUCGACGUGCCCAAAACCUUUCUGUAUUGAGUUUGAUGGGAUGACAUAUUAUGAGGGUGAUAGAGUCAGUGGCGACGAUUGCCACAGCUGCUUUUGCAGUCGUGGUAAGGUGAUCUGCAAAGGAGAAGCCUGCACCAGCAUGACUACCGCUGGUACUACUGCUGUGCCCUUGAUAGAGCCUCAGAAAUGCAUAGAUGGCUGGACCAAAUGGAUCAACGAGGAUCCAGCGAAAGGGAAGAAGUUCUUGGACGUCGAGCCCUUGCCCAAGUCGAUGGAUCUUGCUACUGCAAAUGGACUUGCAGUUUGCAACAGGGAGCACAUAGUUGACAUAAAAUGUAGAUCUGUUAAAGAACAUUUAAGUCCAAAGGAGACCGGUCUGGAUGUGGAGUGCAGUUUGGAGCGUGGUUUGUAUUGCCAAUCGCAUCCGGAUCUUCCUUGCGUGGAUUUCGAAAUUAGCGUAUUAUGCCGUUGCUCUGAACCAACUACGCACGGUGUUGAAAAAACGACAACGGAGAUUAGUACGGGGAUCGGGGAAAAAUGUGACAUCGCGCAGCCCAGUUCACCACAUCCGACAAAUUGUCAGCUGUUUUAUCAGUGCGUUCCUACAUUGACGGGAUACGAAUUGAUGGAAAGAUUGUGUAGUCCCGGUACUCUUUACAAUUCGGAGACUCAUGUGUGCGAUUGGCCGACAGAAGUUCUACGCACGCGACCAGAAUGUUCAGUUGAGUCCGGAGGAACUACGCAAGCCAGUGGCAGAACUGAAUGGAGCAGCAAUAGUACCAGUCAUUACAAUAACAUACUGUCGACCACAGUGAAAAAGAUAGUAUCAACCAUGAAGGUAUGCAAGGAAGACGAGACGUGGAGUGAUUGCGCAAUCCAGUGUGCUAGGGUGUGUCAGUACUAUCGUCACAUUCUAAUGACGCAGGGUCUCUGCAACGAAGGUACUGAUUGCAUUUCCGGAUGCAUCUCGAUCGACCGACCAACGUGUCCUUCGCACAAGUUUUGGAGAGACGGUAUUACCUGCGUGGAGGCGAAUCACUGUUCUUGUAAGUCUCAUGAUGGAGGCUCAGUUGCGCCCGGUGCCAUAAAAAAAGAAUCUGACUGCGAGACCUGUCAAUGUAUCAAUAAUUAUUACACUUGCGAUACAACUUUAUGCAAUAUCUCGGGUCAUGAAGUGACAGCAGGAACUGGAAGAGGACCGGAAACAACCGUACAACCACCACUCAGUACGACCUUGAGAAGUACUUGGGAAACAUUACCAGUUAUCGGGUCAUCCGUCAGUGAGCAAACGAUCCUUUUACAUAGCACGGUCACUCCGCCUGGAGAAUGCAGUGAUGCCAAUUACGUACCGCUGAUACAAAAUCUGCGGGAAGAAGUGAUUAUUCGUUCUAGCGGCAAUAGGAAUUCUGUUUUACGAUCCGAGGAUUUGUUAGUGUAUACAGAAGGAACAAUGUUGCUACCCAAGAAAUUCUGGGAACCUGAGAUGUUGAACACGGAUCAAUGGCUUAAUAUCGAGUUUAAUAAACCUGAACCAAUUUAUGGAGUGAUUCUGCAAGGAGGCGUUUCUGAAGAUAAAUUCGUAACUAGUUACAAGGUGCUCUUUUCGGAGGACGGCCAAACCUUCUCAUAUGUACUCGAUCAUGAGAAACAGCCACGCGUAUUCAGAGGACCCAUCGAUAAAAUCCAGUCUGUGAAGCAAAUAUUCUAUCAACCAAUUGAAGCGAAGAUCAUUCGUAUCAAUCCUCUGACAUGGCACAAUGGAAUCGGAAUUAAGAUGGAAGUGCUGGGUUGUCAGGAUCAUAUAACGUCAACGACAACGAAAACAACAACUUCCGAAAAGGUCGUGAUACCGAUUUGCGAGGAUUCAAUGGGAUUGGAUAACGGGCUGAUGACCAUGCAACAAAUUUCAGUGUCGAGCUCGCCGCAGCUGGUUCAAUAUCUUCGGUUGUCCACGGAAAGUGCGUGGCGUGCCGCUUUGGACAAUCCUCAUCAAUACGUUCAGUUCAACUUCCUAGAAGCUCGAAAUCUGACCGGAAUCACAACCAAAGGCGGCGGUGGCGCUUGGACAACUGCUUACAAAAUAUUUUAUAGCAAUGACGGACGUUAUUGGAAUCCAGUCGUCGAUGAGAACGGCGAUGAGAAGGUGUUUCUCGGCAAUUUUGAUACGGAAAGCCAGCGGACGAAUUUCUUCGAGAGACCAUUACACGCGAAGUUCCUAAAGAUACAACCCGUCAAAUGGCACGAUCAUAUUGCGUUGAAAGUCGAAAUCCUAGGCUGUUAUCUAAUGUAUCCUGUGUCAUCAACGACAUCAACAACCAAAUCGACGACGUUGUUUAAUCAAGAAUGCAACGUGUGCGACGGAAUUGAUCAAACGUCGAACGACGAAGGUUGCAAAUGCGAAGAUCCUUACUGGUGGGAUGGAGAGUCGUGCGUACCAAAACGAGAAUGUCCUUGCGUGGUUGGACACGUACCUUAUGCGGUAGGUAGCAUGUACGAGACGGACGAUUGCCAGCAGUGCGUGUGCUCUUUCAGCGGAACAGCAGCUUGCUUGCCGAAGAAGUGCGAGCCUUGCUUGGAACCGGGCCUGCGAUCUGUUGUCGGUGAAUUAUGCGCCUGUCUCUGCAAACCUUGCCCAGCAGGCACCAGGCACUGUCCUACGAGUGACGUGUGUAUAAACGAAACUGCAUGGUGCAACGGUGUUCAGGAUUGUCCGGAUGAUGAGAUGGAUUGUCCAAAGAUAAUUUCUACGACACCUAUCGUGAUCGAAUCUUCGACAACAAUCAAACAAGAAGUCACGACUAUCAGUCCCCCUCCAUUGCCAUGCGAGAAACCGAUUUGUCCACCCGGUUACAGAGUAGUUUUCAAGCAGGCAUCUCAACUACACGAUAAACCACAUCAUAAUGUUAAGACGAAUGUAAAAUCCAAAGGUCACAAAAGUUUUACAAAGAUGAAGGAGUACAAAAAGCAUCCAUAUCGUCAUCCGAUUCAUGAUCAUCCAAUGAAGGAUCAAUUAGCAACGGAAAAUAUUCAAUGCCCUGAGUUUAUUUGUGUGCCCACUAUCCGACCUCCUGUCUAUCCUAACGGGGAAAAGCCUGAAAAGUGUCCAGAGGUGUUUUGUCCACCGCAGUAUGAAGUAAUAUAUGAGAAGAUGAGCAUGUACAAGAUGCACAAAUGUCCCAAAUACGCUUGCCGACCAUUGCCACCACAGGAGGUAAUUUGCAACGUUACAGGUCGAACAUUCAACACGUUCGAUAAUAUGGAAUACAAGUACGAUAUCUGCAAUCACAUUUUAGCUCGAGACAUGUAUGGUAAUGAAUGGUAUAUCACGUUGGAGAAGCAGUGCACCGACUCGCGUGGACAGCAAUCUUGCACACGGGUUUUGGCGGUGAUGCUGAAUGAACGCGCAAUCGUGCUUUAUUCAGAUUUACACGCAGACAUUGACGAAUAUACUUUCACAGCCGAGCAAAUAGCACGACUCGGAAAUCGAUUACCUGGUUUUAAGCUUUCACGCACAGGCGACAAGAUCAUCUUUGUCUCACAUCGCUAUGGUUUCUGGGUGAUCUGGGACUCGGGCACCAACGUGAAGAUCGGCAUCACCACGAAACUGGCAGAUCGCGUAGAUGGCUUGUGCGGAUACUUCGACGGUGAUAUCACGAAUGAUCGCCAGACACCUGAAGGUACACAAGCGAGAAGCACAGUUCAGUUUGGGGACAGCUGGGCGAUGGAAAACACGGAAUGCGAUGUACAUGUGUGUCCACAUGACGUUCAGGAGCGGGCUUGGACCAUCUGUAAUUCCGUGAAAAGUCCAAUCCUACUAGACGCGUGUUCUGCAGUUGUCGACGUCGACAGAUUUGUGUCUGGCUGCGUGGAGAGCAUGUGCUCUUGUUUGCAAACUUCUAAUAGUUCUUACGAAGACUGUCGGUGUCGUUUGCUGACGAGCUUCGUUGGCGAAUGCGAAGCUAUCAUCGGUCCUGGCGCUGAUCCGUUAUCGGAUUGGAGAACCGCUUAUGAUUGUCCUGUGAGUUGCCCAUCACCGUUUGUCCAUCGGGAUUGCUUCCGCAGCAAGUGCGAAAUCACCUGCGAUAAUUUACACGAAGUGGAACCGUGUCCGCCAAUGCGAGGUGUUUGUUUCCCCGGCUGCUUCUGCCCGGAUGGACUGGUGCGUCGAAAUGACGAAUGUGUGCCGCCAGCGCAAUGUCGGGAUUGCGUGUGCGAUGGCCUUGGCGAUGCCAAGUUCAUCGAUUUCAAUCGCCAGGGUUUUAUGUUCGCCGGUAAUUGUACUUAUCUACUUUCGGGGAAUAUCGUGGAGAACGCGAAGAGUCGGGAAGAGGCUCGUGUAUAUCAAAUCUUGAUCACCAAUGGAUAUUGUGAUACCGGUACAUGUACAGAAGCUAUUACCCUACUCUACGAGAAGCACAUAGUACAAAUCAAACGAGCAGAACGUUCAAAGGAUCUACGGGUGGUAAUCAACGAUUCCCAGGUGGAAAACUUUCCGCACAACCUCACAUGGAUUGUUUUAAAUCGAAUGUCGACUGGAGAUGUAACUUUGCUCAUACCGUCCUUCCAAUUAGAACUUGUCAUCUUCCAACAGAACUUCGCAUUUACCUUGAAACUACCUUCACAUAUCUUCAGCGAUGAUACGGAGGGUUUAUGCGGUAGUUGCAACGCCGAUGCCGAAAAUGGUUUCGAGAAACGUGAUGGAGAGAUUACCAAUGACGUCGAGGAGUUUGGCAAAUCCUGGUUGGUUGGCAAAGAUCUGUUGACGCAGUUAGGUUGGAGCGAUCAAACAUGUUCCAGUAAUCAAAUUGAAUGUACACCUCCACCAGAGGAAGAUCUCUGCAAGAAAUUUCUACUAGAUUUAGCAACCUUCAAGCAAUGUCAUAGCAUUGUUGAUCCAAAACCAUAUUUAGAUUGUUGUCACGAUGCGUUAUGCACUGACAGAAAUUAUUGCGACAGCUUAGAGAUGUACGCGAGGAAAUGUUCGGAAGCUAGUCUAUGUUUAGAUUGGAGAUCUAACGAAAUCUGUCCUUACACGUGUCCCAAAGAUCUUGUCUACCAGGCAUGUGAAUCCAGCUGUAAAGAAACGUGUGAUACCAUAAAUGGUUCAGACAAUUCUAAGUGCGCGUCUGAUCUAAUCGAAGGAUGUUUUUGUCCAGUCGAUCAUGUGUUCCAUAAUGAUUCCUGUAUACCGAAAAAGAAUUGUUUCGUUUGUGAUAAAGAUGGUCACGUGCAGGGAGAUAUCUGGCACCCGGACAAAUGCACCGAAUGCAAUUGUAAUGAUGGAGUUGUAAAUUGUCAAACGAUGGAAUGUCCUGUGUUGGAUACGAUCUGUGAAGAAAAUAUGACACCUGUCCUUAUCAAUGGAACCGAGGAAAGAUGUUGCGCCAAAUAUUUGUGUGCUCCAAAGCCGACAGCGCCUACAAUAUGUAUUGAGUCACAGGAGCCAGAAUGUGGCUUUGGCCAGACAAUGAAAGUGAUUACCGAUACUGAUGGUUGUCACAAAUUUAUAUGUCAAUGCUUGCCUGUAAGCGAAUGUCCCAUUUUCGAUAAUUUUACAAAUGAAAUAGAGCAAUUACAGCCUGGUUUUAUACAUAUAAUGAAUAUAUCUGGUUGCUGCCCGCGACCAAGUAAAAUAUGUGAUCCGAGAAUCUGUCCUUCUGCACCAAACUGUCCGGAUUAUUAUAAUGUUAUUACAACGAUGCUUGUAGACAGUUGUUGUCCCACUUACGAAUGUGUGCCGCCAAAGGAUGUUUGCCUUUAUACAAAUAAUGAAGAACAAGGCAAACAACAAGUAGCGAAAAAAAUUGGUGAAGAAUGGAAGGACGGUAAAUGCAAAACGUGCGUGUGCGAGAAUUCGGAUGAUGGUCCUAAAACAAAUUGUUUAUUUACGGAAUGUUCAAGUAUGAGCGCACAUCCUGAUGUAAACGAUUAUGUACUUGAAGAAAUAUUAUUGGAUGAUAAAUGCUGUCCAAUCUUUGAGCGUACUGCUUGCAAAUGGAAAGGCAAUAUAUACAAUAUUGGCGAAAGUUGGAAGCCCAAUAUUGAAGAUGCUUGUCUCAUGAUGCAAUGUAACAAAGAUUCAGUAACAGGUGGUAUACAGAUAUUGAAUAAAUUUCAAGAAUGUGAUACCAUGUGUGACUAUGGAUACAAAUAUCAAGUGCCUAAAGAUACCAGCGUUAAUUGCUGUGGUACAUGUAUCCAAGUUGCGUGCAUUGUAGAAGGCAUGCUUAAAAAUGUAGGAGAACAAUGGUACUCUGACGAUCAUUGUACAAUGUAUCUUUGCAAAUCAAUAAAUGGAAGUGUAUACCUAGAAGCGAGUACUGAAACUUGCCCAGAAAUCGAUCCGCAAAUGAAAUCCGAGUUCGAAAUAGAAGCACGCAAAAUUCCAGGAAGAUGUUGUCCGGAAAUUGUUAAAACAGCUUGUCGUAAUGAUGGAAAAUUGUAUAAACCUGGAGAAACUUGGAAAUCUCUCACAGAUAGCUGUGUCAUUGAGACAUGUGUGGAUGGUCCGAAUAUAACAAAGCGUAAAGAGGUUGAAGUGUGUUCAAAACAGUGUUCUCAAGGAUGGUCAUAUCAAGAACCAGAAGAUGGUAAAUGUUGCGGAGAAUGCAAGCAAGCGUUUUGUGUGCUCGAAGAUACUCUGUAUGCGCCUAGCAUGACAUGGUCGUCCGAUGAUAAUUGUACUAUUUAUAUGUGCAUGGAAAUUAACGAACAGCUAUCUCUUGCUGUGAGUCCAGUUGCUUGUCCAGAUGUAACAAAUUGCCCUGAUGAAUCGAUUUAUCAAGAUCAAUGCUGUAGACGAUGUAAUAUGAGCAUUAAUAUAAAAGAUCAGAUUAAAGAAACAUGUGAAGCAGUUUUCAUAGAUGCAAACAGUACUGUAGGUAUGCUGAGUAUAAAUCAUUCAUUUCAUGGAAAAUGUAAAAACGUGGAUGCUAUUGAGGGUAUUAAACAAUGCAAUGGAUCAUGCCACUCUUCAACAUUCUUUGACAGUGAAAACUGGACUCAAGUAAAUGAUUGUCAAUGUUGUCAAGUGAAGGAAUACAUGGGUAUCAUUGCCAAUUUGAAAUGCGAAGACGGCAAAAGAUUGAAGAAACAAAUGGCAAUACCGCGUUCUUGUUCUUGUCAAAAUUGUGAUUCCUCAAACAUUAAGAACGAAAAUAAGACAAAGAAGAAGGGUUAAUCUCUAAAGGAUGUAUACUUGCUUGAUCAUUUAUUCUUAUUCAUGUAUUUUUAAAUAAGACAUUUUCUCCUGUAUUUUAAUAUGCAAA